CGUUCCCUUAAAGAUAUAAACGUAUAAUGGAGCACACUGCCAUGGCAGGGAUAUUCAUCGUCAUCAGUCUCUACUUGUUCUGCAGGCUGUUACUCUCCUUUUGGGUUUUUCCUUUCCUAACUCACCGGAGGCUCAAGAAGAAUGGUUUCAGUGGUCCAUCUCCAUGUUUUCCAUUAGGUAAUCUCAGUGAGAUGAAGAAGAAGACUAACACUCAAAGCUCGUCUUGGACUAACAAGAUCUCCCAUGACAUAUACCCAACUCUAUUCCCUCACUUCGCUCGCUGGAAAAACUCCCACGGCAAGGUGUUCGUCUACUGGUUGGGCACAGAGCCAUUUUUGUAUAUAGCAGAUCCUGUUUUUCUCAAGAAGCUAUCAAGUGAGGUCUCUGCAAAGAAAUGGGGGAAACCUUCUGUGUUCAAACGUGACAGAGCUCCUAUGUUUGGCAAUGGCAUCGUUAUGUCUGAAGGUGAUGAAUGGGCUCUUCACCGCCAAGUUAUCACUCCUGCGUUUAACCCUGCCAACUUGAAGGCAAUGGUGGGUUUGAUGGUGGAGGCUACCAGAUCAAUGCUAGAUACCUGGAGUAACCAGCUCAAAAAUUCCGGCACUCGAGAAAUUGAUGUAGAGAAAUCGAUCAGAGAAACAGCAGGGGAAAUAAUCGCCAAGGCAAGCUUCGGCAUUAGUUACCAAAGUGAUAACCAUGUGUUUGGAAAAUUAAGGGCCUUGCAAAUCAGCCUCUUUCAAACGAAACGUCUUUUAGGUGUUCCAUUUGGGGAAUUGUUGUACCUCAAGCAAGCCCUCGAGGCCAGAAGACUUGGAGAAGAAAUUAACCAACUGUUCUCACCGAUCAUAUCUGCACGAGAGGAAAUGAUUAGGUCAGGAUCGUCUCCUCCGCAGCGCGACUUGCUUGGGAUAUUGCUUAACCAGAGUGAUCAACAAGGCAGCUUCAGAAAGACUAUGACAACACAGCAGUUGGUGGAUCAGUGCAAGACAUUUUUCUUUUCAGGGCAUGAGACAUCGGCAUUAUCUAUCGUAUGGACGAUGCUACUUCUGGCCACGAAUCCACAGUGGCAAAAUGAACUGAGGGAAGAGAUUAGGGAGGUGGUCGGAGAUGAAGAAAUUGAUUUCGACAUGCUUGCUGGACUAAAGAAGAUGGGAUGGGUGAUGAAUGAGGUUUUCCGACUAUAUCCUUCAGGACCAAAUGCACAGAGGCAAGCUAGAGAUGACAUUCAAGUGAGUGAGGACCUAACGAUCCCUAGAGGAACCAAUAUGUGGAUCGACAUUGUGGGAAUGCACCAUGACCCUGAGCUAUGGGGUGAGGAUGUGCAUGAGUUCAAGCCAGAGAGGUUUAAGGACGAUAUACAUGGUGGGUGCAAGCACAAAAUGGGUUUCUUACCUUUUGGUUUUGGAGGAAGGAUGUGUAUCGGUAGGAACAUGAGCUUCUUGGAGUAUAAGGUUGUGCUAAGCCUGAUACUUUCUAGGUUCUCUUUUACUGUUUCUCCUACAUAUUGUCACUCUCCUUCUACUUUACUCACAAUGAGGCCAUCUUAUGGCAUGCCUCUAGUAUUCCAGCUCUUGGAUUGAAGAUUGUGGCUACCGUACCUUUUGAGUUGUAAAAUCUCAAUCUUUAAGUUGUUUCAAAGACUCAUUAUUCUAGCAUACC